AUGGCGAGCACCAAACAUCUGUUGGUAUUGUUCCUGGCAGUACUAAUGGUUACAGAGUCCUAUGGUGGUUUCUUUUCAACCCACGUCUAUGUGUACAUGACCACUCUACCCGAGUCUGUGGACCAACCUGUCUCUGUGAUCAAUCAAAUCGGCUCCGACGCAAAAUCGACCAAUUAUGAAACUAGAUACAAUGGAGAGGUCUGUUACAACGUAACAAACUUUGUGGCGGAAAGUAUGGGGAGUAUUGGCAACCACCGGUGGACAGAGGUGACCCUCGGGGAAGACUGUGUCGCAGGAAGGAUUAUUACUGAGCACAAAAUGACAGAGGAGGAGCCAUUCAGCGUGUCCAAUGUAUACUGGUACAACGAGUACACUGUUGAUUCUGAAAACCCACCCACGUGUACCCCUGCCAUAUACCGCUAUUACUCGAUCCUUACCGUCUCAAAAUAUCCCGACAGUAAUGUCAAGCAGAUGAUACGAAAUUAUGUGAAGGAAAACAACAUUGAAGGAUUACACAGACUGGACCCUUCUGGUAUAUGUUUACGUUAUUAA